AGGGUUGGUGAGCCUUAUCGUAGUUUCCGAACGUUCUGCUUCAUGCGUCGACGUUCUUUCCUACACACACUUAAAAUUAAGUGAAUUAUAAUAUAUUAACAAUGCCGUGGACGAGCAUUAACAGAAUUUAUGCAAAGCCCUCAAACACUGCGUCUACAGAAGCGCACAUCAAUAUCCCAGCCAAACCAAAAGUGGCACUUACUGCAGCUGAGGAUACUGGCGGUAGAUUUGAACUGUGUGAUCACGGUUAUGGCAAGAGCUCCGUGAAGCUACUUCAUGUACACCGCGAUGGAGAAUACCACAGGAUCAGAGAGUUUGAAGUAAAUACGGAAUUAAAACUCGCUUCUGAAAUGGCGUACGUUAAAGGUGACAAUAAAGAAGUGGUAGCGACUGAUUCACAAAAGAAUACUAUAUAUUUAUUAGCCAAGAAGUUUGGAGUGAAAACGCCAGAGGAAUUUGGAGCGGUGGUAGUGAAUCAUUUCCUUUAUAUGUAUAAGCAAAUCACGCAGGCGAAGUGUCGCGUGGUAGAGUACCCUUGGGAGAGGCUACAGGCCGGCACGCCGCAUAACCACGCGUUCAUUUUCUCACCCACAGCGAGAAGAUGGACUGAAGUGUCGCAAUGUCGUCAUGAGGCAGUCGUAGUAAAGUCUGGUUUGAGCGAUCUUCGCGUUCUAAAGACAACACAAUCUGCGUUUGUGGACUUCGUUCAGGAUGAAUACACGACCCUCGCAGAUGCUGCUGAGAGAAUAUUCAGUACGGUGGUAGAGGCGGAAUGGAUAUACGACAGCAUGCGCACGGUAGACUUCGACGACGCAUGGCUGACGGUCAAGGACGCGAUCCUGGACAAGUUCGCAGGUCCGCCGGACACCGGCGUGUACUCCCCUUCAGUACAACACACGCUCUAUCAGGCCGAGAAGGUCGUACUCGAAAAAGUUCCUGAGAUAAACUGGAUCAAGAUGACGAUGCCCAACAAGCACUACUUGAACAUCGACAUGUCCAAAUUCCCCGCCAACGUGACGAAAGGUGAUCCCCGACAUUAUAUCUACCAGCCGAUCGACAAGCCCGCCGGUCUCAUAUAUGCACAGCUACGGAGGCGGCCCAAAAGCCGCUUGUGACAUUCAAACGACCCAUUGUGAUAUGCUGUGAUAGUAUUAAACCACCCUUAUCAAUGAACGUUAUUAAUUCGUUUUCUAAUCACUACUUUGUCAGCUAAAGUUACGUUAACUUGUUAGUUGAAAGAAUCACUGAUUAAGUUAAUGAUCAAUUAAAAAUGUUUAUUGGUAAGGCCCCUAAUGGACUGUUACAUUAUGAUUAAGAGAUUGUAUUAUCGAUGAAUGUUUACAUUUAAAGGACCGGGAUGUAUACUUUGUUUGUUUGAUCGGUUGAAUGAUGUUUAAUAUUGAGACUUAGCUCAAUAGUUUAAAUAUUUUUUGUAAUUUUUACCUAUAUGUUAAGUUUAUUGAAUGUUCUUUAAUAUCAAGACCAAAGUGUAAUAGGAUCUUUAUUAAUAUAGUUGUUAAAAAUAUAUAAUAUUUUGUUUUAUAUAAACCGCAAAUGAUUUAGUUUGUAGUCGUGUCUCUAUCGCUUUGGGAAUAAUAGGUGUAUGUGUUUGUAUGAAUUAAUUAUUACUAUUGAAUAAAUUUUUUCAAUAAACAGUCAUUAUUUGUA